AUGAGAGAGAGGGAGCUCAUCGGGGUGGAGUACCUGUUCCAGCAGACGGGCAGCGUGUUUGAGGAUAUAAGUGAGGAUCCUGACACUCCGGAUGAGACGGCUGCUGUCUCCACCGUUGAGGAAGAGGAUGAGGGGAAACAGGUGGAUGAGGAGGACCCCACCAUCUUCCCACCAGACUCCCCCUCUUUCUCCUCUACAGCAGCCUCUCAGUCAGGAGCAACCAGGUCUGAGCCACGCCCAUCCUCUCCUGGAAGCCAGGCUCACUCUCCUCCUCCUCAGGAACCCUCCUCAGACUCUGAGGACGAGGUCAAAGGUCCUGAUGGCCAGCCGGGAUAUCAGCACGUCCUGAAGCUGGCCCAGGCCUUGGUGGAGGUGAGGAGCCUGAACGGGCUCAGCGAGUCCAGGAUAGACUGCCUCAUUGCGCUCUGGCAGCGCCUGCCGGGGCCAGACAAGGAGAGACUGGUCUAUCCUUCCAUGUACCAGGGGAGGAAAGUCAAGGGGUGCUUCAAGCCAGCAAAGGGGAAAACCGUCCCCCAUCCUGGCAGGCAAAGCCUCCAGCGCUGCAUUCUUGGAGUCAAUUCGGGCCCCGCAAACUGGCCGGACACCAGCCGCCUGGUGGAGGCCAUUUGCAGCCAGCUCUGUCGGCUGCAUCCUGCAGCCACCCGUAUCAGGGGGAACAUGAGGAGCAGAUGGUCCCUCAUCCACGGUGACUACGUGGCGAUACGGGAGACAGUGCUGGCAUGCCCGAGACUGAUGGCUCAGACCACCAUGUAGCUCUUUGAGCUCAACCAAAGGACCAUCUCCCAGUGGUUCAACCAGCGACAGAAGCAGUGGGAGAAGUCCAUGCUGGAGCAGGGAGUUGGCCCUGUCCCGGCUCCAGCUGCUGCAGAAGGCCCACUGCUUCCAUCAAAGGAGCUGUCCUUGGUGCUGGUGGGAGCGCUACAGCCCUUUGACUUUCAGCUCGCUGAGGAGCAGCCAGGGCCAUCCAGCAGGAGUCUCCCUCCUGCUCCACCACCUCCACUAGCUCCACUUCCUCUGGCUCCCCGUCUGCCUGUGCUGCCCAACCUUGCGCCCCUCCCCUCUGCUCCACAUCCACCCCCUCCUCCUCCUGUUGUGCCCAAAACAACACUUUACAGGAGGAGGAAAUUGGCGGAGGCUGGGGAGGGGCCACCGAGACAAAACAAGGUGUACCUCUGCAGCAAGUGCGGGCAGCCAAAAAGACUGGACACCGGACACACCAGGGUGGGUGGUGUUUCUUACUGCGCCACAAUUGGGGGUAAGAGCGUGGAGGAGU